UGAGACCAUAUCACACAGUACUCCCAGCUUGACUUCUGCGAUCACCGCCACUGAGACCAUUUCACACAGUAUUCCAGGCUUCACUUCUUUGAUUACCACCACCAAGACCACCUCACACCUUCCUCCCGGGUUCACUUCUUCAAUCCCCACCGCCAAGACCACCUUACACAGUGCUCCCAGCUUCACUUCUUCGAUCACCAGGACCAAGACCACCUCACACCGUCCUCCCACCUUCACUUCUUCAAUCACCACCACUGAGAGCCCCUCACACAGUAUUCCUGGAUUCUCUUCUUCGAUUGUCACCAUUGAGACCACAUCAACCAGUCCUCCCAGAUUCAUCUCUGCGAUCGCCACCACCGAGACCACCUCGCACAGUACCCUCAGCUUAAAUUCUUCGAUCGCCAACACCAAGACCACCUCACACAGUACUCCCGGCUUCAAUCCUAUGAAUGCCACCUCUGAGACCACCUCACACAGUACUCCCAGCUUGACAUCUCCGAUUACCACCACAGAGACCACCUCACACAGUACUCCCGGCUUAUGUUCUUUGAUCACCACCACUGAGACCACCUCACACAGUACUCCCUGCUUCACUUCUUCGAUCACCACCACAGAGACCACCUCACACAGUACUCUGAUCUUUACUUCUUCAAUCUCCACUACUGCAACCCCCCCAGACAGUACUCCUAGCUUCACUUCUUCAAUCGCCACCACUGAGACCACCUCACACAGUACUCCCAGCUUCACUUCUUCAAUCACCAGCACCAAGACCACCUCACAGAGUUCUCCCAGCUUCACUUCUUUGAUCACCAUCACCGAGUCCAUGUCCAACAGUACUGCCAGCUUCACCUCUUCAAUCACCAUCUCUGAGACCACCUCAGACAGUAUUCCCAGCUUCACUUCUUCGAUUGCCACCAUCAAGACACCCUCACAUAGUACUCCCAGCUUCACUUCUUCGAUCACCACCACUGAUUCCAUAUCAUACAGUAUCCCCAGCUUGACUUCUGCGGUCACCACCACUGAGACCACGUCACACAGUAUUCCAGGCUUCACUUCUUCAAUCACCAGCACUGAGACCACCUCACACAGUACUCCCAGCUUCACUUCUUUGAUCACCACCACCGAGACCACUUCACACAGUCCUCCCAGUUUCACUUCUUUGACCACCACCACUGAGACCACCUCCCACAGUCCUCCCAGCUUCACUUCUUCAAUCACUAGCACCGAGACCACCUCACAGAGUACUUCCAGCUUCACUUCUUCGAUCACCACCACCGAGACCACCUCACACAGUCCUCCCAGCUUCACUUCUUCUAUCUCCACCACCGAGAGGACCUCACACAAUACUGCCAGGGACCACCUCACACAGUACUCUCAGCUUCACUUCUUUGAUCACCACCACGGAGACCCCCUUAGACAGUACUGCCGUCUUCACUUCUUCUAUCACCACCUCCGAGACAACCUCACACAGUACUGCUGGCUUCACUUCUUCAAUGGCCACCACCGAGACCACAUCACACAGUACUCCUGA